CUUCUUCUCGUUAGCAUUGUUUUUUCAUGUGAAUUAUAAAUAUAUUAUACAUAAGGAUUUUGUUAAGUGUUUCAUGUUUUAAGAUGCAUUUUAAUUACUUGUUAUUAUAUUAAAUAUUAUUUGAAAGUGUAUACAAUUUUAAAUUGAAGAUCUCACUUAGAAAAAUGGAGUUUUCUGUGAAUACAGAUGUACAAAUAGGCUCAGGCACCAUUACUUCUCAAGAAAAAUUAGAAACUUCAAAUACUGCAGACAAUAGUGCUAUUCUUAUGAAUGCUGAUAGUGAAAAUAGUGUUGAUAGUAUUUUAGCUAAUAAGAAAUUAGAUAAUGUUAGAACUAUUUUAGCUGAAAGUUCCGAUGAAGAAUCAAAUGAAAAUAUUGUGAAACAUAGAGAAAAGUCAGCACGGAUUAUAGACUCUGAAAAUUCUGACUCAGAGGAAAGUAAUCCCGAAUCAUUUGCGGAUACAUCGAUGUCCGUGAAUGAACAAAGUAGAGACAUAUCUGAAAGAAGCAAAUAUAGAAAUCAUGAGGAUAUAUUGAAAAAAUUUGCUGAAAGCGAAAGUUCAGAUGAUGAAGCUCUGAAUAAUAAUGAAGGCGAUGUGAAAUCUCAAGAUGAAAACUCAGAUAGUAAUGAAGAUGAAAUACCAUUACCCAAGGAUAGAUCAAAUAAAGUUCAGAGAAAAUCAGCUAAACAAGCAGAGGAAAAUAUGUUGCUGAUACAAAGUGAAUCUCAAAAAUUCUUUAGAGAGGCUUCUAUUAAAGUUCCAUAUCAUAAGCCAAGACAGUGCAAUAACUUGAAAGAGUUUCUAGAUAGAAAAAAUAUUCGAAGACCUUCAAUAAUUAUUGGGCAGAAACAUAAACCGAGAAUAAAUAUGAGAGGAGAAGAGCUAUUAAGAUAUGCAAAGCAAUUAGAAGAAAGAGCGAAAGAAGCUGAACUAUUUUUUCAACCUAAUUUGCUAAAAAAAUGUGAUGAUUUGAAAGAUGAUCAAAAUAAUAAAUUGCUACAAAACGCUGACCAAGCAAAUGAUGACAUAAAUUUGAAUAUUGAAAUUAUAGGAAAUGACAAAGCAGCACCCCCUGCAAACAAUUAUAUUGAGACAGACACCACAACACUACCAUUGAUAGGACAGAUGAGCACAGAUCAAAUAAUAGAGCCUCCAUCGAAAACGGAUCAAAUCAUUCAACCUAUAAGAGAAGAAAAUUGUGAAGAAAUAACAAACUCAUUAAAUAUUGAAAUUUGUGAAAGUGUUGCUAAUGAAAUAGUAGAAAUUGUGUCGGAGCAUAAUGCUUUAUCACAUGCAGAUACCAUACCAAGUACAGCAACCCAAGCUGAAGAGAUGCAUUUAAAUGUAGAGCAUUUGUAUAAGAAAGAGAAUGAAGGAAAUGAAAGAGUCCCUUUACAUAAAAAUGCCUUCCAAAAAUUGAGUGAUAGUGAAGAUGAUGACUUUUUAAUAUUAGGUAUUAUAGGAUCUAUAUAUAUUACCCAAUGA